CAAAAAUAACAAGAAUUAUAAAAUUUCUGAUUCUGUAAUUUUUUAUUAUAAUUAGACUAUAAUCAUCAAAAUUAACGCUACAUUAUCUUUUAUUUUAGUGAAGAACAGUUUUGCAUAACUCAUACCAUCAGCCAUUACUCAAUAAGCAUUGACAAAAUCUAUGACUAAUAGUUGGGCCUGGGUGUACUUGGUGUAUUACACAAAAAAACCUUAUUGAUAAAAUCAGGAUAAAAUGGACAUCGAUAUGAAGGAAAACAGUGUGAUUCAGGGGCAUCAAAUGUGCCAGACUGAGGAUGCCAGUUGGCUGUGCUUGGAUAACAUUUACAUGAAGUUUCACAGACCCAACAUAUAUGACAUUGGAGGCACAAAUAUUGACCACAUAGCGGAUUACUGGUUUCUCAUGCAAACGGAGCAAGUGGGGAAAGUGUUUCUGCUACAUAUUUUCAUCAUGAAUCGACACGAAAGUACAUUUACAGUGUCAAUUAGCGCUAAUAAUGAGCUAACAUUCAACAAAAGGCAUAACUUUGCACACUUGACUACAAAUCUAGAAAAAUAUUCUUUUAAAAAUGUUGAUGAAAUGGUGCAAAACUAUCUCACCACAUACAGCUUCACAAGUAUAGAUGUAGAGUCCUUAAGAAAUUAUAAGCUGUACAUACCCAUAUCAUUCGAUCACUUUGAUCAAGAUAACUCAUCUAUUGAUAGCAAUAUGCCAUUUCAUGAUUUUGAAACAUUGCUGAAGGAUCCUGUGGGAGCGGAUUUUACAAUAGAAUCAGCCGAUGGGGAGAAAUUUAAAGUUCAUAGAAUACUGCUAACAUCCCUUUGCGAGGUGUUCAAGGCAAUGUUAAAGGAGGACACAGCCGAGAGUCAAAAUGGCUUUGUGAAACUAGUGGAUGUAAGCAAGGAAGAUCUCAGCUGUAUAGUUGAAUUCAUCUACACUGGCACAGUAAAGGAUAUAGAAAACAAUAAUUUCUUUAGUCUACUUAUGUUGGCCGAUAGAUAUGAUCUGAAGGGUUUGAAAGAGCUGGCAGAGAUUGUUCUUUCAAAUCAGUUGUCGUCGGAGAAUGUUUUAGAAAUUUUAGCUGUGGCAGAUUUGUACAACUCCCAGCACUUAAAAACUGCCUCCAUGAAGUUUUUGAAACAAAACCCAACCGCAAUACACAGCAGUAUGUUCAGUGAGCUAAAGAAUGUUGAGUUGGUGCAGGAACUGUGUAAAUUUAUGAUUCCACAGUAGGCAGAUAGACCUUUAUAGUUCUUAGGUUAACUCCAUGUAAUUUUGGUUCUCUACAGUUGAUUUUUCAGUCAUAUUCUAUUUGCUGUUUUAUAUUUAUUUUUAAGGAAACACAAAAUAAGUAAAUGUAUGGUACGAAAACAUGAAAAUAAACUUUAUUUAAUCAUACAUAACCAUUUCAUUAUAAUUAUUUGAUAAAUAAAUAUUAAGUUUUAACUUGCACUGAGUACCCUUCUGCGGAGGCACCAGACCCAAGUGGAUGUGCACCGAUUGCCCAUAUCAUUUUGGAAUGUUACUUGAGGUCUUCGUCUCUGCAGAAAACAAGUAGCCCAUUAGUAAACCAUUUUGAAAAUAAAAGCCGUUAAGUAUUUGCUUACUCUGGGAGAAUGCUUGUUAUUGUCAAUUUAGAUAAAGAUAGUCACAAAUAAAGGGUGUAUUGUAAAUCUUAUUAUUAAAUUUUUAUCAAAUCAGUUCCAAUUAAAGAGGGUAAAUAAUAGAUACCAUGCGGGAUAUGUAAGAAAAAUGCCAGAAGUUGUUAUAAGGUUUAUUAAAUACUAAAUCCGAUACAAUAACCAAGGUAAUAUCUUGGAAACAAGAUCGCCUAUAUUCUAGACAUUUAUAAAAAUAAAAACUUAUGACCCUAUUUUUAAAAUUAAAAUAAUUAUGUGGCAUUAUUUUAUCGAUAUUUACGACAUCUACAUACAGAUAGGUAUGGGUUUAUUUACAUGUAAAUGGUGUAGCAAAUAAAAAAUCUAUUAUUUCAUACAAACAUUUUGAUUAGCUACGUAUCAAUUUAACAAAGCGGUGAGUGAGCCGAAGGAAUGAUUAGUACUCUAAAGUUCAAGUGUUUAACCAAAUGUUGUACCUUAAGAUUUUUAUGAACACUGACGCUUGUACCGCCUCAUUUAAAAUUCCCGCAUGAACAAAGCUGGCAAUGAGUGUCAAUAUAAAAAUCCGUGUGCAUUUACUUCUAGUUAACAAUAUAAAUAAAGGAAACGCAAACUUUCCUAUUUCAUCCUACAAUAUUUUAAUUAAUAACUUAAUCUAGCAACUGCUCAAAUCAGGAAGAUGGUCAAACUACAAAACAUUCUAAUUGACAAAAUAAUUUUGCCAGGUCUGUUGAUGUUCUUUAUAAAAUUGAUACAGAUUUUCAAAUAAAGCAUUUGAAUGUUUACAACAUAACUCUUUUCUUUU